GGUUCCAUUCUAAAACCCUAGAAAUCAACCUCCACCUCCCCGUUCCACUUCCCGCCGUCCUCUCCUCGCCCGCCACCGUUCCCCAGCCCUCCUCCCCAGUCCCCACUUCCACCACCUUCCCCGCCGCCAUGGGCCGCAAUCUUGACGCCGAGCAAGCGGAAGCACCCAGGAGCAGCAAGAAGGAGAAGAAGAGCAAGAAGGACAAGAAGCGGAAGCUGGCAGCCGAGGCCGAGGAGGCGGCGGCGGCGGCCGUGACGGCGACAGAGGAGACCGUGAAGAGCAUCAAGAAGAAGAAGCUGGUUGAGAAUGGAGCCGGCGCAGGAGGAGGAGGGGAGGCGGAGAACGGCGCUGAGAAGACCGUGGCGGUGACCGGGAAGGGCUCCGAGGACCCCAAGUACGCGCCGCUGCGGUCGUUCUCCGCUGCCGAGCUGCCGUCCCAGGUGCUCGAUUGCUGCAGCGCAUUCGCGCGGCCGUCGCCCAUUCAGGCACACGCCUGGCCGUUCCUCCUCGAUGGCCGCGACUUCAUCGGCAUCGCCGCCACCGGAUCAGGGAAGACAAUUGCCUUUGGUGUGCCGGCGCUGAUGCACAUCAGGAAGAAGGUAGGGGGGAAAGCAGUGAAGAAGGCUGUGCCACGGUGCCUCGUGCUAUCACCAACGAGGGAGCUCGCUCAGCAGAUUGCAGAUGUACUUAGUGAGGCUGGUGCACCAUGUGGGAUAAAAUCAGUCUGCCUUUAUGGUGGAACUAAAAAGGAACCCCAAAUAUCUGCCCUUAAAUCUGGAGUGGAUAUAGUCAUAGGAACUCCUGGUCGUAUGAAAGACCUUAUUGAAAUGGGUGUUUGCCGUCUUAAUGAGGUUUCGUUCGUGGUUCUAGAUGAAGCAGAUAGGAUGCUGGAUAUGGGUUUUGAACCUGAAGUCAGGGCAAUUUUGAGCCAAACAUCAUCUGUACGUCAGAUGGUUAUGUUCAGUGCAACUUGGCCUCUUGCUGUCCACAAAUUAGCCCAGGAGUUUAUGGAUCCAAAUCCAAUAAAGGUUGUUAUUGGAUCAGAAGAUCUUGCUGCUAACCAUGACGUGAUGCAAAUUGUUGAAGUAUUGGAUGAUAGAACACGAGAUUCAAGAUUACUUGCCUUGCUUGACAAAUAUCAUCAAGCACAAAGCAACAGGGUUUUGGUUUUUGUGCUGUACAAGAAAGAAGCUGCACGAGUGGAAACAAUGCUUCAGAGAAGGGGAUGGAAGGCUGUUUCAGUCCAUGGAGACAAAGCUCAGCAUGACAGAACAAAAGCUUUAUCUUUAUUUAAAGAAGGGAAAUGCCCUUUAAUGAUUGCUACAGAUGUCGCUUCACGUGGACUUGAUAUUCCUGAUGUUGAAGUUGUCAUUAACUAUAGUUAUCCUUUGACCACUGAGGAUUACGUCCACAGGAUAGGAAGGACUGGUCGUGCUGGCAAGAAAGGUGUUGCACAUACCUUUUUCACUCAAGCGAACAAGGCACUUGCUGGUGAACUUGUGAAUGUUUUGCGGGAGGCUGAUCAGGUUGUUCCUCCAGCCCUUAUGAAAUUUGGCACACAUGUCAAGAAAAAGGAAUCUAAGUUAUAUGGAUCUCAUUUCAAGGAAAUCACAGCAGAUGCUCCUAAAUCCACGAAGAUCACAUUUGGUGAUUCUGAUGAGGACUGAUCUAAUGGCAGCAGCUUACUGAUCUUUCACCCCUGCUUAUGGAAGCUUGAUUUUGCGGUUAAAGAUGCUAUGGCUAUAAUCAGAUCAGGCAUUUGGAAGCCAGUUUCUGCCAUGGACAACCAAUGUGGCAGCGGGCAAUCCCAAAAUAUAGCUCUAUUGUUUUAGGUUAGUUUAUUAUUUGCAGCAUUCAGCUUAUGUUUUCUGGACCAUCCACAUUAGCUUGGCUGUAUGUAGCAUAAUAAGCAGCAUUCUGCUUAUUAUGAGCCGCAUUCAUCAUGUGGAGAGUAGUUAAAUUCAAUGUGUCCUUAGUACAAGCAGCUUGGUUAUGGUAAUGAUGGGCUGGUUAUAGGAAAAACAAUAUUGUUUUCCUUGUUAUAGUUAAAAAAAAGAUGGUUUUCCAGUCUGCCCUGGAUUGGAUGUUUGGGUUCUA